AUGUGGAAUAUCUCCCCUUUCCACCCCCUCAGCCAUGUUCCUGGCCCGAAGCUAGCAGCCGCGACAUAUCUCCCCGAGUUCUAUCACGACGUUAUAAAGUUUGGUCGAUACACGCACGAGAUAAGAAAAAUGCAUGAAAUCUAUGGCCCCAUGGUUCGUAUCAACCCCGACGAAGUCCACUGCAGCGACUUCCGAUUCAUGAACGAGAUUUACGCGGGAGGCGGGAGGAAGCGUAACAAGCCGCUGCAUCAAGUGAGCGGUUCAGCGAGUCCCCAAUUCAUUCAUACUAAGACCCGCAGUAUGGAGUUCUCUUCUUUCGCUACUGCCGACCACGACUUACACCGCUCGCGUCGUGCCCCCGUAGCAAAGUUCUUCUCCAAGGCCCAGAUAGCCCAGCUGGAACCGCUGGUCCAACGACUAGCCCAGCAACUUUGUGAUAAAAUGCUAGCACAAAAGGGUACCGGCGAACCCAUCGACAUUUCGAUGGCUUAUAGUUGUUACACCGCGGAUGCUAUUUCGGACUACUGUUUCGGCGAGAGUCUCGGAUAUCUCGAUCAAGAAUCCUGGGAGCCCAAUUAUCUCAAGUCGCUGAUCUCAAUCCUGAAUACUGUUCAUCUCUUUCGCUACUUUCCCUCCUUAAACCGCAUCUCAACGGCCAGUAACAAGCGCGGGCGCCCAACUAUUUUCGCCGAGCUGCUUAACUCAACCCUCCCGGAGCAAGAAAAGACCAUUCCCCGGCUCACAGGCCAAGCUUCCGCCUUGAUGGGUGGUGGCACCGGAACCACAAGCUGGGCCCUUAGCGUCAUUACAUACUACCUCCUGACGCAACCAAAGAUACUGAGGAAGCUGACGGACGAGCUGCGCGGAGCCGUACCCGAUCCGCAGAGCUUACCCCCAUGGACGACGCUGGAGAAGCUGCCAUAUCUCAGCGCGGUGAUCCAGGAGGGCCUGCGAUUAUCGUACGGCGUGCCCGAACGCAGCGCCCGCGUGGCGGUCGGGGAAGAUCUUGUGUACCAUGGGGAAUGGAAACCCGAGGGAAGCAAAACAAGCGUGCCCCUUUCGUAUAUCGUUCCCCGAGGCUAUGCCAUGGGCAUGUCAGCAGCCUUGAUACAUCACGACGAGGCUUUAUUCCCGGACUCGUAUACGUUCGUACCUGAACGGUGGCUUGUUGAAGACUUAGAGCGGAGGAGGGAGCUUGAGCAGCACACCCUUUCUUUCGGAAGAGGUAGCAGGAUGUGUCUUGGCAUGAAUCUUGCGCUAUGCGAGCUAAAUCUCGGCCUUGCCGCAUUGGCGUUACGUGUUUUUCCGCAUAUACGCCUGUAUGAGACUACCGAGGAAGAUAUACGAUACGAUUAUAGUAUAGUCAUAUCUAUGCCUAGGGCCGACAGUAAAGGCGUAAGAGUGAUCAUUGUGUAG